AUGAGAAAUCAUACAGCAAUAACAACAUUUAUCCUUAUGGGAUUGACAGAUGACCCAUAUCUACAGGCUCUCCUUUUUGUAUUUUUGUUUGUCACUUACAUGUUGAGUGUGACUGGAAAUAUCACCAUCAUCAUCCUCACACUUUUGGAUUCUCAUCUUAAAACUCCCAUGUAUUUUUUCCUUCGAAAUUUCUCUUUUUUAGAAUUUUCAUUCACCACUGUAUGUAUUCCAAGAUUCCUGUAUAGUAUGACAACUGGAGAUAAUACUGUUAGUUACAAUGCUUGUGCCACGCAAAUAUUUUUUGUUGUCUUCUUUGGAUCAACGGAAUUUUUUCUCCUGGCUGCCAUGUCCUAUGAUCGCUAUGUGGCCAUUUGCAAGCCCUUACAUUACACAACCAUCAUGAAUAACAGAGUCUGUACUACAUUUGUCCUCUCUUGUUGGAUUGCUGGCUUACUGAUCAUUCUUCCACCUCUUGGCAUGGGCCUGCAGCUAGAAUUCUGUGACUCAAAUGUGAUUGAUCAUUUUGGCUGUGAUGCGUCUCCAAUUUUACAGAUAACCUGCUCAGAUACAGUGUUAAUAGAAAAAGUUAUUUUGGCUUUUGCAGUGCUAACACUCAUAAUUACUUUGGUGUGUGUAGUCCUCUCCUAUACAUAUAUCAUCAAGACUAUUCUCAGAUUUCCAACUGCCCAACAAAGGAAAAAGGCAUUUUCUACCUGCUCUUCCCAUAUGAUUGUGGUUUCCAUCAGUUAUGGCAGUUGCAUCUUUAUCUACAUCAAACCUUCAGCAAAAGAAGGAGUAGCCAUUAAUAAGGUGGUGUCUGUUCUCACUACUUCUGUUGCCCCUCUACUUAAUCCAUUCAUUUAUACUCUCCGAAACAAACAAGUGAAAGAUGCUUUCAAAGACACAAUAAAGAAAAUUGUAUAUAUCAGCAAAAAUUAA